UAUUGACAAUAAAUACAAAUACACAAUUCAAUGAAUGAAACCCCUGAGAGUAGGCUACAAUUUGAGAACCUCUGUCUUUGGGGUUGAGGGGUAAAUGUGCGCCUGAAAGAUGGCAAAUUCUUCUUUGUGUCCCAAAUAGGAGCAGUAUCUGCUUUGUUAUUUAUGGAAUUAUAAUUUAUAAAGAUGACUGAAGUGAAAAAAGAUGAUGUCGUCAAAAUUUUGCAUACGUACCCUCUCUGCAGAAAAUGUGAUAUGCCUGAUGAAAUGAAACAAGAAGCAAUGGAGUUAUGCGUUACCGCAGCGGAAAAAUAUGCAUAUAAUUACGAGAGUGUUUCUCGCAUGAUCAAAGAAACGAUGGAUAAGAAAUUCGGCGCUUCGUGGCACACGGUUGUGGGCGAGGGCUAUGGGUUUGAAAUAACUUAUCAACUCAAACAUUUAUUAUACAUGUACUGCGCUGGAAAUUUAGCAAUAUGCAUAUGGAAAUCGGCGUAGGGAAAUUUGAAAAUUUUGCAAAACUUUAUUAAUGUGCAAACAAACGUACAAAUUGUAUCGUAACGAUUUAAAACAAAAAUAUAUAUUAACUUUAUAAAAGACAA